CUGGGAAACGGGGGCCCUGGAGGUGCUUCGGAAGGCUCCCGGGCGGGUGGGGAGGGGCGUUAGUGGGCAGCCCGGGCCGUGGGCGGGGCUGUGGGGGUGGGGCCCUGGGCGUGUGCGCUGGCGCCCAUAGGCGGGCGCCCCCUCCCAAUCUCCCGUCUCCAAUCCCCGGCCGCAGCCGCGGCGUUCGGAGCCGGAGCCUCAGCCCAGCCAGAGCCGGCGGCGCCAUGGCGUGCGCGGGACUGCUUACCGUGUGCCUGGUCCGGCAGCCCGCGCCCCAGCCCCCGCGGUCUCCCACGCCAGCCACCGGUUCCGCGGGACACGCGCUCUUCCAGGAUGUUUUCCGCAGAGCAGACAAGAAUGAUGAUGGGAAGCUCUCAUUUGAGGAAUUCCGGAAUUACUUUGCUGACGGGGUUCUCAGCCCUGGGGAGCUUCGGGAGCUGUUCCGCGGCAUUGAUGGGCAGUCCACUGACAAUCUGGACACGGAGAAACUGUGUGACUACUUCUCAGAACACCUGGGUGUCUACAGGCCUGUGCUGGCUGCGCUGGAGUCCCUGAACCGUGCAGUGCUCACUGCCAUGGACACCACCAAGUUGGAGUAUGAGCGGGCCUCCAAGGUGGACCAGUUUGUGACACGCUUCCUACUGCGGGAGACGGUGAGCCAGCUACAAGCCCUGCAGAGCUCGCUGGAGGGCGCGUCAGAUACCCUGGAGGCCCAGGCCCAGCCCCGUGGGCCAUGGUCAGAUGAAGAGAUAGUGGAGGUGCAGAGCAGGCCCCGUGGCAGCCGGCGGGCAGGGCGCAGGGCCUUGUGGAGCGGCAGCCGGUCACCCACCCGGUCUCCUGGCUCCUCUGACGCAGGGCAGAGUUCAGAGGCUGAGAGGCAGUGGCGGCUCCAGGUUAACCGUCUCCAGGAGCUCAUCGACCAGCUCGAGUGCAAGGCCCCCCUCCUGGAACCCCUGCACGAAGAGGAGCUGACCAAGGGACCCAACUCGCAUAUCCUCGUGUCCCAGAGGCAGGUUCAAGUGGCAGAAGGAGCCCUGCAGGACUUCUACCGUGCCCUGCGCUGCUAUGUGGACUUCACCGGGGCCCAGAGCCAUUGCCUGCAUGUGUCUGCUCAGAAGAUGCUAGACAAUGCCUCCUUCACCCUGUACGAGUUCUGGCGGGAUGAGGCCUCCUGGAGAAGGCACCAGCAGUCCGCCUGCAGUAAGGCCUUCCAGCGCAUCCUCAUUGACCACCUGCGGGCUCCGGAAACCCUCACCACCGUGUUCUUCCCAGCCUCCUGGUGGAUUAUGAAUAAUAACUGAUCCUGACCUGCAUUAGUCAAGGACCCUGUGGCUCUGCCUGCCUCCUGGAGCUUCCGGACGGUCAAUUCAGCACCAAGACCAAGGAUACUGCUGAUCCUAGACCUGGGGUCUGGCUCUCAGAGGCCUCCAAGACCAGCUGGUGGAGAGUCCUCAAUCCAGGGAUCAGGGACUGGUCUGCUUGCUUUCUAUUUCUUUAUCAGUGUAUUUUACUGUGUGUAGCUUUGGUCUCUCAGGCACUCUGGCCUCUACCUGACUCAGAAGGCCUGGAUUCUGGUUCUCUCUGCCUCUUCCUUGUUGUAUGACCCAGGGCAGAUCCCUUCCCUCUCCGCGUGAGCCUUGGACUGUCUGGCUGCCCUGUGGGUGCCUGCUUUCCUCCUGCUAUCUUGGGGCCAUGUUCCGCUCUUCCUCAACCAGCAACAGAACCAGGGCUGAUGCUCAGGGACCCCCAUCCCCACCCCAAACCUUUGACCCUGAGGCUGAGCUGGGUCUUCUGCACUGUGGGGGAAGGACCGGCAUAUCCCCACCACCCUUCUGGGCUGCGAGCUGCUGACUCUUCACUCUCCACUGCACCAGAGACACCUGGAAGAUCCUGGGUUGGUUUGCAUGUCAUUUGCAUAUAAUUUGCAUGUCCAUGCCCACCCAUACUCAGGACACUAUGGGAAGCCCCAAGGUGACCUUGCCCAGUAGCAAUAAUUUGGGUCUAGAGUCACCUGCUGUCCCCAGAUACCUCUGAACCUGAACCCCAGCCCACAACCCCAGCAGAGAGACAAUAAAGGCAGUGGUCACUUCUGGUGUCGCCUCCUGUCUCCCUUGGCAAGAAAGCUGGACACUGGGGCUGGUUUGCAUGUCUGACCGUAGGCUCAGGGCAGGAAGCCUUUCUUCAGAAAUCAGCCCGUUCCCAUCUCAAGCUCCCCUGCCUCAGACGGUGGCCACUUCAUCGCCGCUGACCCAGGUCUCCUCAAUUCAGGGCCCACUCAUGCCCCCAAGCCCUGGUUCUGGGAGUGAAUGUGGUCUGUGCUUUCAACCCCCGCCCACAGUUGGCUGGGGGCUCUAGCUUCACCCCUCACUUUGCCAAAAGUGUGUGCAAUGGAGUUGGGGACUGAGCACAGAGCCUUCUCAGGGGCCCAGAUAGCAUAGUUGGGUUCUGUGAAACCUGUCCCCCUCUACCCCCUUCCAGGCCACCCCUGCCGCCCAACAUAGAGCAGUUCCAGGGAAGUAAAGGCCGAGUUGGCCUGUCCAGCCUCUGGGGGAACCUUCCUUCUAGCCAUCUGGGGGGAGGGGUGCGGGCAUGGGGGUGGUGACCGACACGAGGGCUCUAAAGGGAGGGAUGUGGCACCACAAGAACAGGAUGGCCUCCGACCUUGUCUGGGGGCGUUGGGUGAGGAGUUGUCAGGCUUUGAGGGGAAGGAGAACUUGCCUCGUUGAACUGAAAGAAGCCAGCUGUGGGCUGCAGCUGGGGAGGGGGAAAUGGGCUGAAACCAAGGCGGGGAGGUGGCAGGGCCUCGAAAGUGCUUCAUCCUAGGAAGCCGUGGUAGCCUUGAAGCCAGGUGUGACUGGCCAGUGGCUGACAUUUCACCAAUGUUUUGAAUGCCCCAGUGGUGCCAGGUCCUUGCUGGGCACAGGGGCAUGGCCAGGAAUACAGCUCAGAUGGUGGCAGCUCAGGGUAGAUGACCUAGACUGUGACUCCAGGUAGGGUUUUCCCCGAGGUUUCUCCCCGGUGACCCUGCAGGGUUGAGACUCCUUGGCCAGCACUAUGCCAGGCUGCUCUCCUGCCACCCAACUUCCCAGACUGCUGAGUGUUCCUAGAAACCGCUGCCAGCUCCUGCGCCCACAGCUCGGGGUGGGCUUGCUAGAGAAGAAGCCCACUUAGGGUAAAUGUGCUUUCUGUUCUGUGUUCUAAUGUUUCCGCUCCUUCCACAAAAAAAGCAAGAGCAAAUCCUCAAAACAAAACAAACUUCCCAUUGCCGUCUUAGAGCAGAUACUGAAAUCCUCAAGCUGACACCUCUCAAGGGUCUCCUUAGAUUUGCACCCUUGCCUGCCUCUCUGAAUGGAGUUGUAAAAGUUAACACCUAAAAAAAAGGGGGAGGGGCUGUGUCCUCCCUCCCUUGCUGAAGGCUUGGAGGUGCUGGGGAGGGUCAGGGAGGCCUCUUGAAGGUGGUGAUGUUUGCUUUGAGCUGGGAGAUUAGUAGGGCUCUCCAGACAGAUGUUCAGGCAGACAGGCAGUGGGAAUACGGCAAAGGGAGCAGAAGGUGGAUCUUGGAGGAUAAGGGAUUGGAGGCAAGCCAGGGGGGCCAGACCAGAGGGGGUGAGCCAGGAGGUUGCCAGAUGGAAGUUUCUGGGUGGGUGGGUUGGGGGCUGGACUGCUUUACUCUCACAAGCCCCCAUCUCCAUCUUGCCAUCCCCCUACCCCCAAGUCUUGGUCACCAUCAUCUCUGGCCUGGAAGACUAUGCCAACCUCUCCAUUGGGCUUCUUGUCCCCACUCCACUCUUAACAGUCCAUUCCCCAUAAUGGAACAGCAGAAGGGGCUUUCAAAGCAUUGCCAUGGUGACCACACCCCUUGACUAAGACCCUUCAAUGGCCCCCUACUGCCUUCAGUAUCAAGGUCAAGUUUGAUUUCUGGACUCGGCAUUCAAGGCCCUUAUAAUCAGCCCCCACCCCCAGUAUGUGCGGCCUCCUGUCCCUAAAACAUUCCAGAUGAGCUGGACUCUUCAUGACCUCAGUCACCCCUACUCUUGGCCUCUGUUCUCCCUCCCACCCCUGCUCACUACAGAAACAUCAUCUUAGCCUUUAUUUAUGUAGCAGGUCAAAGUCAUCAGGUCUGGGUUAUCUUAAGCCUUGCCCUCAACACCCUGCUCUUGGUGGCUCUGCAGCUCAUUUCAACAGCCACCGACACCUGCUUUGUGGCAGGUGCUGGGGAUGGUGACAUGACCCAGGUUGGUGACAGCACCCAGGUUCAGGAUAGUCAGAGUACCGAAGCUCGUAGAGCUCCUGGCUCCUGCUAGCUGCCACUCCCGACCCUUUCCUCUACGCCCUGCACCUGCCUCCCACCUGUGCCAGUGACUCACCGGCACACAUUCAAACCUGUCCUGGGUGGGGACUGGCCAGGUGCUAGAGUCUAGGUGGCUGCCACUGGCCUCCAGCUCUCCAUGGGGAAUAUGAACACCUAGUGCGCUUAACAGCCUCUGACGGGGUGAAACAAAGGAACAGAAUUCGGUGGGACUUCACGAAGUCAUUCUCAAAACAAAUACUACUUGAGUAAGACCAGGGUCCAGGCAGGAUGCUGGGACAGAUGAAUCCUCAGAAAUCACACAUUGGCAGAGAGAAAAGCAGAUUGUCUGGCAGCCUGUUUACAGGGCUUCCUGGGUGCUAGGGCGACUCCCAUCUGAUCACAUUUCACAACAGCCCAAUGAUAUAGGCAUCAUUCGCACCCCCAGUUUACAGGUGAAGAAACAUAGAAGCUCCAUGAGCAAGUACCUUGCUCCGGGUCACACAGCUGUUUGCUGUCUAGCGUGAAUAGCGCUGGGAGAGAUCUUGGGCAUCCUGAUGAUGGGAACCCGCUCAGAGCUGGAGGACAGUGGUAGCUCUAACAAAGGAAAGAGUGAGGCUACACCCUGGGGCUGCAGGAUGGCAGAAGGGGCAGCAAGAAAGAGCCAUGGGAGCACAGCACAGGCUCUGGUGGGGCUAUCCAGCUCCCAGCCCUCAGAAGGUAGAUGGUGGGGCCAAGGCCUGAUCAUUUAUGGAACUUCCUAGGAAGGCACCCAGAGAUGUUAGCUAAACCUGUGGGGCAGAAAGGUGUGCAAAGGCUCAGGAAAGGUGCACAAAGGAGAAAGGACAAGUUGCUGGGGUGUGUGCCCUGGAUAGGAGUCUGGCUUGUGGAUGGAGGGCUGGAAAGGGGGCAUGUCUGGCAUUGUCCACAAGAGGGCACCUGGCACCAGGCAAUGAAACCUGAAGCUGUCCUGGGGAAUGGAGUGUUGGUUUGUGGUUGGUUUCCCCAACCUUCAGAGGGAGGAUCUGGAUACCCCAACUCAGAACCCUGAAAUUCCACAGUUAGGAAUAAGCACAGAUGGGCCAGAUGGGUUUAGAUUGAUGCGUGUUUGCUCAUUCUGAAAUCUUAUCGCCUGCGGCCAAUUAUUUCUCUUCCUACUGAGAAUCAUUGCUCACCAGGCUCGGUGACUCCAUGUUCCCUAACAUUUGAAAGGCUUUCCCCCUAGCAAUUUACCUUCCCGAAGGAAUAACCUAUUUUCCAUCUCUUUGUCUUUGACAAAGAAUCAGGUAGUAAUGCUUCACUCAUUUUCAGGUUCAUCGAAUCUGCUGUGCGAUGAAUAGUGCACCCAGUAUUUAUUUCAGUGAUUCCAUUUCCAGAAUUCUAUUUUCAAAUCUGCCUAGUUUUAUUUUUAUUUGAGCUUCAUUAUUGCUUUGUCUCUCCCAGAUUGCAGGCUCUGGGAGGGCUGUCUGCCUAGUUAUUUUUAGUCUCAUACUUUUUGCCAAUUUCUUUUCUUGAGGUUUCAGUUACUUCAUAUUAUGUAUCUGAUAACAACAUCUGAAGUCCCAGGGGUCUAAAUUGAUUGUUUAUUGAUCUGCUGACUCUUGCUUAGAGUGACUCAUUUCCUUGGCUGUUCAGUAACUUUUUUGAAUAGUUUAUAAUUCUUUGGUAUGCAAUAUUAUUAUUUUGGUAUUUUUCUCUAGAGGAUUUGCAUUUUUGCUUCUGCCAGACACUUGGAGAUACUAUAAGCCUAGAAUCAUCUUAAUUCCUCAGCCCAGGGAUUCUCAGGUCUCUAGAGUAAUGAAAAUCUGAACCUCAACCCCUGAAGGGAGCAGACAUACUUAAUAGCCUCUGGUAGAUUAUUUUUUUCUUUUUCUUUAAGCAGGGGCAGAGAGAGAGGUUUUCUGCUUAGUUCCCUUUGCAGACAGGCAUGUGUCGCCCCCCCCCCCCCCCCCCCCCCCCCCCGCCGCCGGGGCUGAAGCCAAAGUGAUCUUGCCUCUAGCCUUGUGGAGAGGUCCCAGUCUUUUGUUUACUUGUAGUAGGCUCAAAGCCUCGUCUCUCCUUUCCCUGAGACAGCCCAUUGCUCAAACUUCACUUCCCCGACUUUCUUUUGCUCCCAUGCAGCACGGGCUCCCUCUUUUUGUCUUCAACCUCCUCUGAGGCUUCAGUUUACUCAAGUUUUUCCUGGCCCUUGGGGAUUUCCUACACUUUAUCUGUGACCUCAGAGAUGCAGUUACAAGAACACUCAUUAAAAUUUAUACUUUCAACAAUAAAGAUUUAAAAAAUAUUUAAAAAAAUUAUCCGGCAUCUGGGUGUUUAUGGCAAUGGCAGAUUUUUCAGUCUGCCAUUUCUAUAGGAAAUUUAACACAGCAUUUUACUAUAUUAUCACUGGAGUCCCUGGGAUCCUUUUUUCCAGAGCUAAGGCCGACCGUGGAUUCCUGACUUGGCUACCAAAGGUUUUUUGUGGUAAGCUGACAGUCACAAGGCUGAGAUCCUGUAAUUGAUCUGGGUGGUGGGUUGCAGUGCUGGGCAGCUGUGGAGACUGGCAGUUGGUCCCCUGUGCAUGGAAGAUCACACAGCUAAGCCCCCACCUUGCCUUCUGGGGCCAAGGCCACAGCCAGACCCUUCUCCCUAUUCUGAGAUCUAGUAACCGACCCCUCAAUGCAUUUUUGAGGCCUGUGAAGUAGGUGGUGCCAACAAGGGUCUUGGGCAAGACUGCUUGGAAGUAGGUUUAGGGUAGAGGCCAGAGGUGGGUAUUCAGGCAACAGAGUGAGGCUGGGGCCAGAGCCUUAGGAAGUGAGCCCUCAGGUCACCGACUAAGAAACUGGACUAACAGCCAAAGAUUCCAUACACACAGGUGCAGCUGCACAAAGCUGGCUAGACCAUCUCAGAGCCCUGGAAAAUAUGACCGGCCUGUUGGAGGCACAGCAAACUGGUGGGCUUUCAGGGAAAGCAGUUUGAACAUAUGCUUCGAGAGUCUGAGAAGUGUUCAGUUCUAGAAAUCCCAGAAAAUUAUUCCAGAGAAAUAAAUCAAGGAAAGGAAGACAUUCAUUCAGUAUGCUGACAGGAAAAAUGGGAAAGCAAUCCAAAUGCUCAAUAGGAGGUGAAGAAUUAAGAAAAUCAUGGCUUUGAUUAAAGCAUUCAACCCAUUCAGCAAGUAAACGGGAAAGCAAUGAACUUAUGAUUUAACAUCAAUAUAAAAAGGACAUGAGCUGAAACCGGUUUGGCUCAGUGGAUAGAGCGUCGGCCUGCAGACUGAAGGGUCCCAGGUUCGAUUCCGGUCAAGGGCAUGUACCUGGGUUGCGGGCACAUCCCCAGUAGGAGGUGUGCAGGAGGCAGCUGAUCGAUGUUUCUCUCUCAUCGAUGUUUCUAGCUCUCUAUCUCUCUCCCUUCCUCUCUGUAAAAAAUCAAUAAAAUAUAUUUAAAAAAAAAA